AUGGGAAACCUAAUGACCGUAGUAUGCCUUCUACUUUGCCUGGGGACUACUGUUUUUCCUCUCUCCGAGGCUAGCCGGCUAACGGGGAGAGCCGCGUAUCCCAUCGAGGAAGACCAAGCAGAGGCUACGGAAGCUGCCGACGAGGGACUCGUUGCAGGAAAAGAUAAAGCCGCGUCUCACCCGUAUGACGUGGAAUCAACAGGCAGUGAGGAUGAGGAGGAAGCACGAGAAGCUGAUAUUGACGAAGCAGAAGAACAGUAUCUAGAAAAGAAGGAGGAAGUUGCAGGAAAAAGCUCGAAGAAACUGAGGAAGCCUCUGUCUCCUGAAGAGGCUAGAAAAAUGCUGAAAACAUAUGGAGAGUCGUUGGAAAGCGUGAUCAACUCCGUAGUGAGUGCACAUGCCGGCGUCCGAGAUCUGCUGGGGACGGAGAGCAGGAAAGGGAAAGCGUGA